AUGCUAUUAAUUAAUAGAAACAAAGACAACAACACUAAAGUAAACACCAACGCAACACCAUUUCCUACCACUUGCAACGCAACAUCACCAACUAUGAAGAAGAAGGGUGCUAUCACCCCCUUAUCAGCAGGACCUUCCUCAUCCCCAGAACAUAAGAAACAUAAGUUCAAAAUACUGGGAUUAUUCAAGAAGAAUAGGAACUAUGAGGGUGCAUCCUCAUCAUCAUCAUCUACCACUGCAAUUCCAACAUCUACCGAGAAUAUCAUCGACGACAUUAAUUUAGAUCACCACCACUUGACAAUAAUCCCAAGCAUAGAUGAACAUCAAGAACAACCACAACAACAACAACUUACUUCUGCACAAUCUGUAAAUACUCAUCGGAAUAGUGUUGCCUCAUCUAUAUAUAGCAACCAUCAUAAUAAUCACAACCAAUUACAUCCCCUUUAUCAACACAAUCCCAGUCAAUACACCACUCUUGUCAAUGAUCAAGAACGUUAUACAUCAUUCACAUCUGAAUGCAUUUCCUUACAAAAUAGUGAAAUGACUGCUACUUCAAACAUUGAGGAAGAUAGUAUUGGAGAAUCAAAACCACGUCCAAAGAAGAAUCUUCGUAGUUUAUUAAGACUUGGUUCAUUCUCCGGUAAUAUCGAGUCAACUAAUCCUCAUCAUCCUUACUCCAUUGAGAUUGUCAAUGAAUCAUGUCAUGAAGAUGAUGAUGCUGAAGUUCCUAAUCAAGAUGACGAUCUUACCUGUCUUUCCGACCUGGAAUCAGACUUGAACUUUGAUCCUAAAAGUGAAGAAACUCAAGUCGAUUAUAAAUUUGGAGGUUAUCAUCCAGUAUCAAAAGGUGAAGUAUAUUAUUCCCAGAAAUUCCCUAAUCGUGAAUAUAUAAUCUUACGGAAAUUAGGUUGGGGUCAUUUCUCAACUGUUUGGUUGGCCAAAUCAAGAUUUAAUUUUGAGUCCAUAGAUUCGACAUCAACAACAUUGGCUGAUGUAGACACUCGAGAAUAUUAUGUUGCCAUGAAGUUUGUUAAAUCAAAUAGACAUUAUCUGGAAGCAGCUGAAGAUGAGAUUCGUAUUAUGAAAACUUUGUGUGAUCCAAUUGCUAAUGCUGAUCAUUUACCUAAUGGUUAUCAAUACUUUGACGGCAAAGAUCCAACUCAACAUCCUGGUUAUAAACAUAUUAUGAAAUUAUUGGAUGAUUUUCAAAUUGAAGGUCCUCAUGGAAAUCAUAUUUGUAUGGUAUUUGAAAUCUUGGGUGAGAAUAUUUUGAAUUUAAUUUAUAAAUAUAAGAAAUUCUAUAGAAGUGUUCAUGAUGUAAUUAAAGAAAAGAAAGAAGGAAGUGAUGAAGAAGUCAAUGCGGUUAAUGAUGGGAAGUUUAUGAAAUGGGAUACCAAGGCCAUCAAGAAGAAUACCAAAUCAAUGUUGAGUUUACGUUUGAAGACAAAAUCGAAAUCCAAAAGCAACAGCACUGAUAUCUCAUCAUCCUCAUCUCUUUCAUCUACCAUUGCUUCUCCUACUGAGAUGAUGAACAUCCAUACUGAAGACACCUAUUCAACCACCAGCACUGCUAUCACCAGUGAUUCAUGGCUAGAAGAAUCAGUAUCUAAACAUCUUAGAUCAUUACCCCGGGAAUCAUUAGUAUCACUCAUGUCAAAGUCACAAAGAUGUGGUGGUAUUCCACUUUUGCAUGUGCGUCAAAUUAUGCGUCAAAUCUUAUUGGCUAUGGAUUAUAUGCAUCAUUGUGGAGUUAUUCAUACCGAUCUUAAACCAGAAAAUAUCUUACUUGAAAUCAAGGAUAUUAAUAAGAUCAUCAAGAGUAUUGAAAUGGAAAAAUUAUCCAAAUUAAGAUCUUCACUUCGGAAAACCGGGUCUUUCAAACAAACCACCACAUCAUCAUCAUCUUGUUCUGUCGGUAUGAGAAUGUCUACUUCAAGAAACUUAUCUACUACUUCCAAUCCAUCCAGAUCUUCAUCAAUGUGUUAUUACAAACGUUCAAAGAAUUCCGUUUGUGGGACAAAUGAUUGUCCAAUCAGAAGUUCAAAACCAUUUGGAUUCGGGAUUAGUUCGGAAGUAUUUUUCAAGGAUGUUAAUUUCCAAGGAGGAAGGGGAGGAAGUAGUAGUAGUAGAAGAAGACGUUCUUCAACAACUUCAACAUCAACCAGAUCAUCCACCUCUCCAGCUUCUAGAAGAAAUAGUUCUCGAGAUCUGGUUGACAACAAUGGGGAAAUUUCAAUCAAGAUUGCUGAUUUGGGAAAUGCAACAUUCACCGAUCAUCAUUUUACAAAUCUGAUCCAAACUCGCCAAUACCGUUCCCCGGAAAUAUUAUUAAGAUAUAAGAGUUGGGGUAGUUCUACUGAUGUUUGGAGUAUUGGAUGUAUUUUGUUUGAACUUAUCACGGGUGAUUUCUUGUUUGAUCCUCAUGAAGGUGGGAAAUAUUUCGAAAGAGAUGAAGAUCAUUUAGCUCAAAUUGUUGAAUUAAUUGGAGAAUUCCCCAGUGAUGAAUAUUUGGUUAAAUGUAAAAAUGUUACUAAAUAUUUCAAAAUGAAUAAACGAGGUGAGAUUGGGUUUAGACAUAUAGAUAAAUUGAAAUAUUGGGGUUUACAAGAUGUUUUAAUUGAAAAGUAUGGUUUUGAAGCUGAUGACGUUGAAGUUAAAUUGAUUUCGGAUUUUAUUUUGAAAUGUUUGAAAUUUGAUUUGAAUGAAAGAUAUGAUUGUAGAAGUUUAUUAUCUCAUCCUUGGUUGAAAUAUAAUCAAGAUGAAGUUUAUGAUAUGGAUUUAGAAGCGUUGGAAUCUGAAAUGGCUAAUUUGCCAAAUUUGCAUGAUGACAUUCCGGGAUAUACCUGUGAAUGCAAAGUUUAG